AGGACUCCAGUGAAGCAGCUCUCCAGAGUAAGAACUCAUUCUGCUUGAGAAGUCCUUGGCAAUAAUGCUGCCAUUGAGUCAACCUCGUUUUUCAGGGGCACUCUUGAUGCUGGUGAUAUCAAACUUGCUUCUGUGGGAGAAAACUGCAUCAGUUCCUGCUUGUCACCUGGAAGAAGGGGGUUGCUGGGAUCCCCUUGUGAACACAUUUAACAGUGCCAUCCAGCGAGCUGAAGUCAUCCAGAAUCUUGCUGAGCAAAUACAUGAAGAGUUUUACCACAAUCCAUUCUCAUCUGCACAAUUUGUAACACUGGUUGCACGCAUGUAUAGGCAUGAUCAGGCUGUUUACAGAGCCAGAUAUCACUGCCCUUCUAACAGCACAAACCCACCACUUCAUGGACCUGAACAUGAAAACAUCAAAACUAAAAAGUAUUUAAAAAUGAUGAUCAAUUUUGUGGGUUCCUGGAUCAGCCCUUUAUUCCAUCUAGUGCUUGAACUGAGAGGCAUGCAAAAUGUUCCUGAAGUCAUCCUCUCAAAAGCUAAGGAUAUAGAAGAAAACAACAGAGAAAUCCUGGAGGACCUUAGGUGGAUACUCACCAAGGUCUAUCCUACAGCAAAGAUGAAGGAAAAAUUUAUCAGCUGGGACUAUCUUUCAUCCAUAAAAUCAAAUGAAAAAAGUGAAAAAUUUUUGGCAAUUUUUAACAUUUCUCACUGCCUACGUGUUGAUAUAUUCUACACUAAAUUUCAUCUGAGAACAUUGAUGUGUCGCAUAACAGGGAAAGAAUGCUAAGUGCACAUCUACUCUACUUGCUUUGAAGGUAGGGUAGAUUUGCUGAGAACUUUCUAUUAACUGUAUACCUUUUGGAUGCAUGUGUGGGUAUAAUGGGUCUCUUUUUAAAAAAUAAAAGCAUUCUCUUUGGAAAUGUCCAAAUCUA